AUGAAGGUCUCCAUUGUCUUUCUGUGCCUGCUGUUCACAGCAGCCACCUUCAGCACCCAUCUGCUGGCUCAACCAGAUGCACUCGGAGGCCUCUCCACUUGCUGUUACACAUUUAGCAAUAAAAGGAUUCCUUUACAGAGACUACUGAGCUACCGAAACACCAGCAGCCAAUGUCCCCUGGAAGCUGUCAUCUUCAGGACCAAGUGGGCCAAGGAGAUCUGUGCUGAUCCCAAGAAGAAGUGGGUUCAGAAUUACAUAAAGCACCUGCAUAUAAAAUCUCAAAACCCUGAAGUUAUCACCUCUCCUAAGCAUAUGAGUACAACUGCCCCGGUGGAUGGGAAAUCUUCCAACUACUCAUCAACGACUUCAAAAUGA